AGAUGAGCUGCAGCCGCACCGGCGUCGCGCGCUUCUUACAUAAUUACCGCCACACCAACAGCAGCAGCAGCAGCCAAGCUCCGAGGAACCGACAAAAACCCACCGCGCUUUAAACAAAAACAACAAAAAAAAGAAGGGAAAGUAUGUCCUACACAAGGUUCGUCGCGUCGUUUGCCCGAACACAGACGGGCAACAUCAACAAAAUCCGCGUUUCACCUUCGAGGUGUCGGCCAACCGUGGCAUCCCCGAAGAGCCAGGAAGAGAAGCAGCCGCGGCCGCUGGAGGAGGAGGGCUGCGCGCUGGUGGAAGCCGUCCCGGUGGAGCUCAUCAGCCAGACCAAAAACGCCAAAGACGUGCGUCUCAACCGGAUCCACGUCGACUUCGACAACACCGAAGAGGCAUACAAAAGCAAGAAUAACAUCGAGCUGCUGCGAAGUCUGCUGGUCUUCAAUCUAUGCACCAUUGAUUUCCUCGUUGAGAAGAACAAGGAGCUGAUGGAGCUCAGCAAGAAGCUGCUGGGUCAGCGGAUGUUCGAGAAGCUGAUGAAGAUGACGUUUUACGGCCAGUUUGUGGCAGGGGAAGACCACAACUCCAUCAAACCUCUGAUCCACAAGAACCAGGCUUUCGGCGUGGGCGCAGUCCUGGACUACAGCGUGGAAGAAGAUCUGACGCAAGAGGAGGCGGUGAAGAAAGAAAUGGAUUCCUGUGUUUCCGAAGCAGAAAAGGAAAGCCCAGGCACAGAUCAUCGGGAAAAGAAGUAUAAGGCCCAUCGGCGGUUUGGGGACCGACGUGGAGGCGUCAUCAGCGCUCGCACCUACUUUUAUGCCGACGAGGCCAAAUGUGACAAUCAGAUGGAGACGUUCCUAAACUGUAUUAAAGCGUCAGGUGGAGCUUCGACUGACGGAUUCUCUGCCAUUAAAAUGACUGCGCUUGGACGGCCACAGUUCCUUCUCCAGUUUUCAGAGGUCCUGGUUAAAUGGAGGAAAUUCUUUAACUUCCUCGCUGCACAACAAGGAAAAUCGGAGCUGACUGCGUUGGAGAAAACGCUGGAACUGGAGCAGCUCAAGGAGAGUUUGACUCAAAUGGGUGUAGGAGCCAAAGAUGACAUUGAGAACUGGUUCACUGGGGAGAAGCUGGGUUUGUCAGGAACAAUCGACCUGCUGGACUGGAACAGUUUGAUAAAUGACACAACAAAAAUGUCCAAUCUGCUCAUGGUGCCAAAUCUUGAGACAGGCCAGCUGGAAUCUCUGUCAAACAAAUUUACAGCCGAGGAGGAGAGCCAGAUGAAGAGAAUGCUGCAGCGAGUCGACAUUCUGGCAAAGCAUGCUGUGGAGAAUGGGGUGAGGCUAAUGGUGGAUGCGGAGCAGACGUACUUCCAGCCAGCUAUUAGUCGACUCACCCUGGAGAUGCAGAGGAAGUUCAACAGAGAAAAGCCAGUGAUAUUCAACACCUAUCAAUGUUAUCUCAAGGAAGCCUACGACAAUGUGACCCUGGACGUUGAGCUGUCCCGGCGAGAGGGCUGGUACUUUGGCGCCAAACUCGUCCGUGGAGCUUAUAUGUACCAAGAGAGAGCCCGGGCCCAGGAAAUUGGCUACGAAGACCCUAUAAACCCUGACUACGAAGCCACGAACAGGAUGUAUCACAAGUGUUUGGAGUAUGUCCUGGAGGAGAUUGAACACAACAGGAAAGCAAAUGUCAUGGUUGCUACUCACAACGAGGACACAGUGAAGUUCACUCUUGAAAAGAUGAACGAAAUGGGUCUGUCACCCACUGAGAAUAAAGUUUACUUUGGCCAGCUGCUCGGCAUGUGUGACCAGAUCAGCUUCCCGCUAGGUCAAGCAGGUUUCCCAGUGUACAAGUACGUCCCGUACGGCCCUGUGAAUGAGGUGAUCCCCUACCUGUCUCGCCGUGCUCAAGAGAACCGUGGCUUCAUGAAAGGAUCCCAGAGAGAGCGCAGCCUGCUGUGGAACGAGCUGAGGCGCCGGUUUCUGGGCGGCCAGAUUUUCUACAAGCCUGUCUACUGAAAAAACAUAAAGACUGUAAAUCUGUGAACAUUCCACUAGGAAGCACUGGCCUCUUGUCUUUGGAGGUAAAUUUAGUGUUUAGAAGAGAAAGAUUCGCUUUACUGAAAGCUGCUUCAGGUGUGAGAUUCUUAUUGAUGGAAUUACUUUGCUGUAAUAUAAAGAGCUGCGUAACACAUUGUGUAAUAUUUAGCAGCCUGGAUGAGAGGCAGUAAUAUGCAGGUGGGUUUAAGUGAUUGAAACGGUCAGUUUGGAAGAAUGCACAAAAAAUGUCUUCUUUUACGGAAGAUGAAUGCUGGUCCUUUCUAGCCUGGCCAGCCAGACUAACGUUUGCCUUUCUUUGAUACAUGUGAAAUCAGUUCGCUGUAUAGGAAAACGAAACUGAGUCUGGCUGGCCGGGCGAGGUCCUUUCUGAUGUUUGAGAAAGUGUGAAUACAAAUGUGACUUUUGUUUGAAGGCAAAAGCUUAGCUGUACAAAAAAAAACUGUCACCUAAAAGUGCCUUGUGAUUUUUAACAAGUCUAUGAACACAGUCAUUUCUUCCCAGCUUUGUGGCAGUAUAACACUCCAAGGGCCUUUUUAAUCUGUUUGUUUUGUAUGUUUAAUGCUGCUGUCUUUUUUUCUUUUUUUUUUUAGGAACAUUUUAUCGCAGUUCUUCUGCAGUAAUAUAAUAUUGAUAAAAUAAAAAUUGCUUAUAUCCAUGUUGGGUUUCAAUUUAUGCUUUGACUUUGUAAGCUGCGGGAACGUGUCAUUUUAAAUGUUGUUUAUUUUUAGGUGAAACAGUCUUAAAAGAGUGACUCCUUUCAGGGUUUUCAUGCUUUAAUGUUAGCAGGUACCAGAAGUUCUUGCUCUCGUUUUCUGCGAAGCGAUUAAGAUAUUCCUGUUAGCAAACAAUGACGGCAGUUGUUCAGAGAAAAACAGGACAGGAACUAUCAUGUUUCAGUAUAACUAACGCUUUUAUAAACGCUGUGGUUAAAAAUGCAGUUCUCCUGGAAAAGGCUGGAAUUAAUCGAAAACCAGCAACGGUAUUCAACCCAAAUGCUUUUGUGUUCAUCACUGAAACGGUCGUUGUGGCACAGGGAAUGUUUGGACAUGAUUAAAUGUUGUAGUUUACACAACAUUUAUAAUCACAUAUACAAAAGAGAUUAAGAGUUAGCAAUGACCUCAACAUCUUUGUUUAUUGGCAGUGGACCAAUAUUCUUACUAAAUCUGAUGUUAGAGUUUAUUUCUAAUAUGCAGUGAUACCUUUGUUGAAAUGAAAUUUAUAUUUUUGUGUGCCUUGUUUUUAAAUGUGAUUAUUAACUAAAUAAAAUAAAAUUUGAGCAAAAUUGA